GCCGCAGCGACGAACGCACACCCGCCAUUGGCAUUGCCUUGGGCAGCCUUCAGUACAACUGCAAUGCUCUUGGUAUAGACCUCCCAGCAUCCCCACUGCAAACGCUGAUUGACACAUGCACAGCGGAUAUAGUUGGACAGCUCUCCGUGCAAAGCAAGAUGAGUGCAUGCGCGUGCCUCGCUGCGUUGCACGGUGUAUCUGUCAGUGUCCAUGGGACCCCGGAUGGAGUCCACGGGCAGCAACUGACGACAGCAUCUGAGUUCUACACAAAGGCCAUUGCCCCGUCUAUCUCAACUCUGCAAGACCUGGUGCUUACCUGCGACGAGAAGAACCUCAUGUGCUAUGCCGGGCUAAUCCUGGGUGCAGUUGCUGUCAACUUGGAGGCACACUCUACUUCCAGUCAAGGCACGAGAGGUGACGUACAUGCCAACAUGCGGUCACAGGCACACCACCCGGCAAUCGUGGCCCGGAACGACGGGCAGUAUCCGCAGGCGUUUGACUAUCUCGCCAAAGAAAGUGCACUGAGGUGCGUGUACAAUAUCAUGGUGGAUGGGAGCCUCAGAGAAAAUGACAUGAGCGUGAUGAACACGGUGAAGUUACUGAAUUCUAUGGAUGUCCUGCCUCCCAUUGAUCUGACACCGGUCAUUCAGUUUGUGCUGUCGUCGCCGGGUCUGAAUUCGGUGCAUGCUGAAGCCGUCUCGUUGCUACUACGCCACGCCUCACGGCCACCUUCCAACACCGAGCUGGCCCUAUCCUUCAUAGAGGCAGAUACGUUCAAAGGUCUCCCUCAGGAUGCGCAAAUCAUCGUAUGUGAGAACAUACACAAGGUACUUGAAACUGUCUCGAAUGAUUCUGAGCAGACCCUUACCGCCACGCUGGUAGCUCUGGUGUUAUCGUCAACGAACUUGGAGCUGAUGGGCGCUAUACUUGUAGGCCUGGCAGCGUUGUGUGCGAAUCAUCAAGCACAGGCCCAUGUGCAUGCACAGGU